AUGGGCAUUGAUUCACCGACCACUCAUGCUGCGAGCCCGAAGGAGGAGAUAGGAGCCUCCCGCAGAUUCUCAACGCUACAAAGCAGCCGUUCAACCUCCGAUCCACAAGCACCUGCGCUGUUGGCCGCAGCAACGAGCGCAAACGAGCGGGAAGAAGGCGGAUCAAUCACGGGGCAAGACCAAGACGACUGCAAUUCGGAUAGGGUGUCGCUGCUGGCUAAGCACAGCGACGACGGCAGCUUUUCAGAAAUGGAAUACACUGCGUCGGAGGACAAUUUUGAUGAUGACGAGGAGGCGGGCCUGACGACGCAGCAGAGGAAGAAGAGAGGCUUGCUGCGGCGAAAGCGGCGGGACGAGGCCGACGCGAAAGACAUUUCUCUUUCGCUGGCGCAGAAACACCUGGCGGAUAAGAAUGUGGUUAGAAAGCUGGCGGUAAAUGUUGUUUUCAUUCUGCUUUGGUAUUUUUUCUCCGUGUCGAUAUCACUGUAUAACAAUUGGAUGUUUGAUCCCAGUCACCUUAAUUUUUCCUACCCUCUAUUCACGACGAGCGUACACAUGAUUGUCCAGUUUACCCUGGCCUCGACGUUACUUUAUUCGUUCCCCCAACUUCGACCUCGAAACCCAGCCGCUCCGCAAGCCGUUCCCUCAAUGGCCGGAGGAGUUGCAAAUGCAAGCCCCAUCUUGACCAAGGCAUUCUAUUUCACUCGGCUAGUCCCAUGUGGAACCGCAACGUCAUUAGACAUCGGCCUAGGAAACAUGUCGCUGAAAUUCAUUUCGCUUACAUUUCUCACCAUGUGCAAGUCCUCUACGUUAGGAUUCGUUCUCCUUUUCGCUCUUAUCCUUGGCCUCGAAACCGCGUCUAUAAGGUUAAUUAUGAUCAUCUGCGCUAUGACCAUUGGAGUUGUGAUGAUGGUUGCCGACGAAGCUACCUUUAACGCCAUUGGAUUCUCCCUUAUCAUUGCUUCCUCAUUUUUCUCCGGGUUUAGAUGGGCGCUCACCCAGCUCAUGCUUCUUCGUCAUCCUGCUACGUCAAAUCCAUUCUCUACCCUGUUUUUCCUUACCCCAAUCAUGUUUGUCUCCUUAAUUACCCUUGCAUUUUUGAUCGAGGGGCCGUUCCACAUCUGGAAUGGCUUAGGAGCCCUCGUCGAACACUUUGGCCUUCUCCCCGCACUCGGAGUUCUUCUGUUUCCCGGCACUCUCGCGUUUUGCAUGAUUGCAUCUGAAUUCGCUCUCCUGCGGCGGUCGUCGGUCGUGACGCUGAGUAUCUGCGGUAUCUUCAAGGAGGUCAUCACCAUUGCCGCUGCCGGGAUUCUGUACGACGACCGACUCACGCUGAUCAACGUCGCCGGCCUGGUCGUCACGACAUGCUGCAUUGGGACGUAUAAUUAUAUGAAGAUCACGUCGAUGCGAAAAGAGGCCCAGAAGGAUGUUGUUGAACAUCCAAAUGAAGCGGAGGCCGACUCGGAGGAUGAUGACGAAACCAGUCGUCAGGCUGUUGGUGAUCUUCACAACUCUGUCAGGAUGGCAUCUGGCACUCGAGACCAUAGCCCAUAUGGCUCCCACCACCCUGGGGCUGAGUCGAACUAUCCUGGCUCGUCGUCAGGAAUCCAACGUGGAUGA